AUGGACGAGCGGCGGGAGCUUCGCAAGUUCCCUAAGGGGGAGAGAUGCCCGGAAUGUGGCGUGAGAAAAUGGUAUCUGGAGAAUGGUCUCCGAUUCUGCUCUAACGGCCACCAGGUUGAGGGCUUUAUUCAAUUCGAUAUUGGUGACGAAGAAGAUGCGGGGAAACUCGGUGCUGUCGCCAAACGAGAGAGGGAAGUCAAGGAGAGAGAGCUCCGCCAUCUCACUGGCCAGGCUGGCAAGAACCUCUAUCUCGAAUGUCUCCAACUAAUCCUCAGAAACCAAGUACUGUGGCUCGUCAGCUCCAGAGGCCACAAAGACGAGCUUGAGACGGUGGUUCGUGACCUAUGGGACCUUCGCACUCGCGGCUCCAGCAACCUUGUGGCUGAGGAUGCUCCCCAAGAAGACUCGCUCGAGAUGUUCAGCUCCCAACCAGCAACAGAGGAACUGGUCAAGGGAGUUGACAACAGCAAGACAAGGGCACAAAGUUGGGAUCCCAGCCGAGGAUCAGACUGGCCAAUGCCAAGGAUGAUUGAGACCCUUGCCUUAUGCUAUCUGGGCUGUCUCCUGCUUAGAAUUCCGACAGGUGUUGGAGAACUCUGCACUUGGGUCAACAGCGGACACAUGCCUUGCAAAAGAGCAUAUUAUGACCUGCCUCAAGAGAUGCAAGACAGAUUGCCUUCAGCGUAUACAAGAGCUCUGAAGGUGCCUCUUCACGCAACUCUUCAGGGAGUUGACCUCCAUUACACUGUCAUGAAUCUGGCACUUUCAUACCACCAAAACUAUGGGAUGAUCUUCCCUGCCAUCAGCGACACGCCAACUCUUGUCGCCUACUCGCGACAACUAGCACUGCCGGUCGAAGCACUCAUUACAGCACGAAGCAUCAUAUCUGUAAUGAAACUAGGCUUCCAGCUACCUAUACACAAAUCUCGACUAUUCAUCCUCGACUAUCCAGAGAUAAUGUUGGUUUCAGUUGCAGUAGUUGCGACAAAACUAUCGUCCCCACUCGGCGGUAGUUCGCCAUUGCUUCAGGGUACUGGUUUUGAGGCAGGCCUCCGAUUUAACUGGGACAAAUGGCGAGAGGCCAUGGCUGAGCUUGACGAUCCAUUGGCAUCCCAGGGUGAGCCAAGCUUUGACAAGGUCACCGCGGAUCAAGUGAUUGCGAUGACAUCGGAGCAACUUGACAAAUACUUUGCACGCAUUUCGAGUCUAAUAGACAAAAAGAAUGACAAUGCCAUCUCGAGGUUCUUCCCCACCGAGGACGCACCUCGUCUUGAGCCUCUACGACAUGAGAGUACAGAGGAAGAUGCGGAUAGCCGAACCAAGAUGGUCUUGGGUCAAACCGUGAAGGUGCAAAAGGAAGACAACUCCGAUUUGGAAGAUGAGCCGGCAUCGAAACCCGACUUCACAUACGACGCUUUUCGUGCGGUUGAAGACCUCACAGAGGCCGCACAAUAUUUUUACACAGCCGCAGGUAAGAGUUUCCCCGCUAUCGCUCAGGAUCGUGAUACUCAUAUUAUACCAAGGACGCGUGGCUGGCCUAUCAUUGCAGGAGAUGCCCGAAGCCCGACGAAGCCGAAUAUCGCACCCCUCGUACUGACAACGCAACCCAGUUUCGUGAAGACCCUCACGGGCAAGACCAUCACCCUUGAGGUCGAGUCCUCGGACACCAUUGACAAUGUCAAGUCCAAGAUCCAGGACAAGGAGGGCAUCCCCCCGGACCAGCAGCGACUGAUCUUCGCUGGCAAGCAGCUUGAGGAUGGCCGCACUCUCUCCGACUACAACAUCCAGAAGGAGUCCACCCUCCACUUGGUCCUCCGUCUCCGUGGUGGUAUCAUCGAGCCCUCGCUCAAGGCUCUGGCCUCCAAGUUCAACUGCGACAAGAUGAUCUGCCGCAAGUGCUACGCCCGUCUCCCUCCCCGUGCGACCAACUGCCGCAAGCGAAAGUGCGGUCACACCAACCAGCUCCGACCCAAGAAGAAGCUCAAGUAA